AUGUACAUUCCGGCCUUGACACACGGUUUAGUAGCGUGGCUCCUUGGAGCCAGCGCUGUUGCAGCCGGGGCUCACGACCAACGGCCAUUCGGCCUCCACAAGACAACCGGAGGAGCGCAUCGCGCUGGUGCGGGGUUGAAGUCUCAUAUCGACUCGGGGUAUAUACCCUUCGAGCUCACUUCAUUUGACGCGGUGUCGUUCCAACCUUACGGCCAUUUGGAAUUUUUGAGUGCCGACUUCGUGACACUGGCGCACCCUGCGUUCCCCAAGUACAGGGUCAGGAUCAAGAAAAGCGACUUCUGCGACGGGACUGUGGCGGCGUACACCGGGUACAUUGAUAUUGAAGCGCGGCAUUUGUUCUUCUACUUCUUCGAAAGUAGGAGUGACCCCGCCAAGGACGACGUUAUCUUCUGGACAAAUGGCGGUCCCGGAGGGUCCUCGAGUAUAGGUCUGUUCAUGGAGCUCGGCCCUUGCAGGGUCGUCAAUUCCACCACGACCCAGUUCCACCAAGAGUCGUGGAACUCGAAUGCCAACAUAUUCUUCAUAGACCAGCCUGUCGGGGUCGGUUUCUCCUACGCCGAGUACGGCGAGUACGUGAGCACCACCGAAGAAGCCGCGAAAGAUGUCGCUGCCUUUGUAGCCAUCUUCUUUGAGCACUUCAGCUCGUUCAAGGGCCGGGCCUUCCACAUGGCAGGCGAGUCAUAUGGCGGACGUUACGUGCCGAUAUUUGCGUCAGCGAUAUACGACCAAAACCCCAAACUCGUCGAAGCCGGGCUGACACCCAUCAAUCUUUCCUCCAUAAUGAUAGGUAACGGCCACACCGACCAGUACUCCCAGCUCCUGUCCACCUACGACAUCCAAUGCAGCGGGGCCUCCCUUACGCCCGUCUUCGACAUCAGCUCGUGCAUUCGGAUGAAACAGGCCGUCCCGCGGUGCGCAAAAUUAUUGCAAGCCUCGUGCGUGGACAUCUUCGACCCGAUAGGGUGCUACGAGGCGACGUCGAUAUGCACGCUGGAGCUCCGAAUGCCGUACCUGGAGAGAGGUGGGAACCCCUACGAUAUCAGCAAGCCAUGCGAAGGGGGAACCGUCUUGGAAGGCAGCCUAUGUUACUCCAUCGUAAACAAAAUUGAUGAAUACCUCGCCCAACCCUCCGUCCGCGCGCAGCUCGGCGUUGAUGCAGCCGUACCGACCAACAACACCACCUACUCUCUAACAGUCGAGGCCCAGUUCGCCGCGUCCUACGACGACAUCCGCUCGUCGUACGACUACGUCGCGGCGCUCCUCGAACGCCGUGUACGCGUCCUCCUCUACGUCGGCUCGUACGACUGGACGUGCAACUGGGUUGGCAACGAGCGAUGGUCUCGCGAGCUCGAGUGGAGCGGGAGGAGCGAGUUCGCCGGACAGCCGUUGAGGGACUGGAAGGUGGACGGGAAAGUUGCGGGCAAGACGAGAAGCGCGAAGGGAUUCACAUUCGCAACUAUUGAAGGCGCGGGUCAUAUGGCUCCCUAUGAUCAGCCGAAGGAAUCACUCGAGCUGGUGAAGAAGUGGGUAAAUGGCGAGCGACUGUAAUAAUCAAACAGGACUGCGUGGAUCUCAACGCCGCAGUUGGCGACCCGCCGUUGAGGGAAGGUGGCAGGUGUCUGCAAAGAACAAUCCUUGUUCAGGUAAGAAUCCAAGGGUAUAAGAAGGCCAUCUUCGACGCCGUCUGUUCGUCUGUUCUUAGGUAUCAUUACUAUUGACAGCAUUCCUUUAUAUAUGUAUGCAACCCGUAAAUGGCGCUUGGAAGUACUGGG